AUGUCGAAGCAUUUGCAGUCGAUGUUGAGAUAUUGGAGUUGGAGGGAGGGGGAGAGAAGUCAAGCACUGUGUACAAGUCGGAAGAUGGGGGAGUAA